UCCCUUCCUCCAUUUUUGCCGGAUAUACCAGCCAACAACUUUUUGCUCUAUCUCUUAUUAUUAGCAAAAAACAAUUAAAAAAAAUAUUCUCGAAGAAGAUAACUCCUUUCCACUCUGAUCAAUCCCUAAAUAUUUUGCUUAUCUGUUUUCAUUGUUGAUUUCUUGAUUAUAUUUGAUCAACUUGAAUCAUCUGGGUUGAUUUUAAUUUUAUGAAAACUUUCUGCACUUCAUCUCAAUUAAUGGUUCCCAAUUAGUUUUAAUUUCUGGGUUUUAGUGGGUCUAAAUUCAUAUUUCUUUCGGAAAUUAUCAACCAUUUCACCCCAAAAUCCCAACAAUUUUUUUUGAAUUUUGAAACCCCAUUGUUUUCUUAUUAAAUCUUUCGUUUUCCAUUUCCGAAACGUGGCUUUCAUGUUGAUUUCCUCAAUUUUUGACUUUUGAGGAAUGAAAUACGUUUUCUUCUUUUGUUUCCUUCCAAAUUUUGUCAAUGCUAACAACUGCAUACAUCUUGUUUGACAAAAGUCCCCAACCAAAAAAGACAUUUUGUUUUUGACAUUGACAAUUUUUUUUCUUUUAUUUUUGAGAUUUUGUAUAGUUUAAUUUCUGGGGUUUUCCAGAAAGGGUGAGAAAUGAGUUGUUUUCCAUGCUUUUCAUCGAAAGUAAAGAAAGCAACAAGUAGGGUCAAUAGCAGAAGGGUUCAAGCCCCUUCUAAUGCCCCUUCUGCGCCUCGGGUUGAAACUCAGGGAGCUAGAGAAACAACAAAUAAUAAUAAGAACGAAGGUAAGGAAAAUGGGGCAAACAAUAUUGCAGCACAGACUUUUACUUUCAGAGAGCUCGCGACUGCAACGAAGAAUUUCCGUCCAGAAUGUCUGAUAGGUGAAGGUGGGUUUGGAAGAGUAUACAAGGGCCAUCUUUCAACUGGACAGAUUAUAGCAGUAAAGCAACUGGAUCGAAAUGGGGUGCAAGGGAACAAAGAAUUUCUUGUUGAGGUUCUGAUGCUUAGCCUUCUACAUCAUCCAAACCUGGUUAAUCUAAUAGGAUAUUGUGCUGAUGGAGAUCAGAGGCUCUUGGUGUAUGAAUAUAUGUCUUUGGGAUCUUUGGAAGACCAUCUAUUUGAUGUUCCGAAGGAGUUAAGACCAUUAGAUUGGUAUAGUAGAAUGAAAAUAGCAUUGGAUGCUGCCAAGGGUUUAGAAUACCUUCAUGAUACAGCAAACCCUCCGGUCAUCUACAGGGACUUGAAAUCAUCAAAUAUCUUGCUAGAGAAACACUUCCAUGCUAAGCUCUCUGAUUUUGGACUAGCAAAGCUCGGUCCUUUAGGGGAAAACUCGCAUGUUUCUACAAGAGUUAUGGGAACCUAUGGCUAUUGUGCACCAGAAUACCAAAGAACAGGUCGACUAACAACUAAGUCCGAUAUAUAUAGUUUUGGAGUUGUUUUACUGGAGCUAAUUACAGGACGAAGAGCCAUUGACACCAAAAGACUAAAUCAUGAGCAGAAUCUUGUCACUUGGGCACAACCAUAUUUCAGUAAUCCUGCGAAAUACCCAGAGUUAGCUGAUCCUCGUCUUAAUGGGGAAUUCCCAGUGAGGGGACUAAAUCAAGCAGUAGCAAUAGCAGCCAUGUGCCUUCAGGAAGAAGAAACAGCACGGCCCUUUAUGAGUGAUGUGGUGACCGCAAUCAAUUUCCUGACAUCGGACUCCAAAGAUUGUUAUACUUCUCCCCUUCUCUCUGAGUCAUCUCCUGUCAGUGAUUACAAUGAGUGUAACAGCCAACAAGUUCAAGAACAACGUGAUCAAAGUGCUCAAACACGUCAGCAAGCUUUAGCUGAAGCAAUGGAAUGGGGAUCUACUCAUACUGCUCUUUCUCGGGCUACUAGCUAUAAUUCAUCCUCAUUGGAGACAUAAACCUUUUUUUCUUUUUUACUUUUUUUUUUGGGUCCUAUGGUUUAUCUUUGCUACUUGUAAUGCAAAGUGAAACGCAAGGAAGUAUAACAAAUCUGCUAUGAAAUGUGCAAUGUGUGUAGAUGUUUGGGUUUUGCCAAUUGCGCAGUGUUUUUCGUUUCGAGGAUACAA